UAAUCUGGAAGAUUACGUCAUGUAUUCAAAUGGACCUCAGUAGAAAAACUUUUCCUGUCAAUAUGAUAACCAAUUCUUUGCCUUGUGAUGGAAAUGAGAUAAUGGACGUCCAACAAAACGAUUCUGAAAGACAGGAAUCACAAUAUGAUGAUGAUGAAUUGGAACGUAAACAUUUUCAACGUGUGGUUAAUGCAUUUAGAAGCUAUAAGAUACAUAGUAUGAAAAGGCUUUAUAGAUCUACAAAAUAUAUAAGUUCUCUGUCAACUCAUCAUCAAGACUUAUUAAAAGGUUAUCGCUCACAUCUUGAUAAAGUUCGACUAGCUAUUGAGCAUAAUAGUGAAAUUAUAAAAGUUAUUAUUAAGGACGUUGCACAUUUGUUUCAAAAUGCUGACCAUACAGAUGAUAUUAAGGUUGUGAGUUCUGAAGUAACAGCAUUUGACAUGGAAAAAAUUCAAUCAAUAUUAAAGCAAUUGUACAGAGAAUGGAGUGUAGAAGCCAAAGAGGAAAGAGAUGCAUCUUUCAAACCCAUUAUAGAUGAAGUAAUCGCUCUUUUUCCUUGUGAAAACCUAGUUGAUGCAUCCAAAUUUCAAAUUCUUGUUCCUGGGGCUGGAUUGGGUAGACUUCCUUAUGAAAUAGCCAGAAAAGGAUAUUCCUGUCAAGGAAAUGAAUUUAGUCUUUUUAUGCUGUUUGCCUCAAAUUUCAUUUUGAAUAAAUGUCAAGGUACAGAUCUAUAUAAGAUAUAUCCUUGGGUACAUCAAUAUUUCAACAAUUUGAAAUCUGAUGAUCAGGUUCAAAUGGUACGCUUUCCGGAUGUUAAUCCAUGUGAUAUACCUUCUAAGUUAGAUUUUUCAAUGGCCGCUGGUAGCUUCAUAGAAAUUUAUAAAGAAUCAGAUGCCUGGGAUUGCAUAGCUACAUGUUUUUUCCUUGACACAGCAAAUAAUAUUAUUGACUAUAUUGAAACAACGUGGAACAUUUUAAAACCCGGUGGUUAUUGGAUAAAUUUAGGACCUCUUCUAUAUCAUCAUGCUGAUAUGCCAGAUGAAGAUUCGAUUGAACCAAGUUAUGAAGAAAUAAGAUAUAUAAUUUUAAAAUUUGGUUUUGUUUUAUUGAAAGAAGAACUGAAUUUGGUGACCCCGUACUCUCAAAACCCUCGAUCAAUGAUGUCCUAUGAGUAUAAAAGUGUUUUCUUUGUAUGCCAGAAACCUGAAUCUGCUUGUAGAAAGCAAGAAUGUUCUUGAUUACCUUAUAUGUAAAUAGUUUGAAAAAAAUAUACAAAAUUCCUCAUCGUCAAA